AUGCCGUUCUUUCCUCUGUUACUUGUGCUGGCGGGUCUGACUCUGUUCCUUUCGCGACGCCGGUAUAAGGCCAUCGAAGCCGCGGGUGGUGGGAGUCCUCGAAGUCCUCAUGUCGUUGUCAAGGGCCACACGUACUCCGAUAGUGUAGACGGGAUCGAGCUGCGACCGCUACCGAGUACGAAGAUCGAGAACGUGCGUAGUGCAUGUAUCAUCGGGGCGGGCCAUGUGGGAGCAUUGACCGCCAUCAUCCUGGCGUCGCAGAACCCGCACGUCCAAUUCUGCGUUGUCGAUCGCGAUGCGAGUCUCAUCGAGGCUUGGAAAUCGGACCGUCCUCCUGUCCUCGAGCCGGGGCUGGAGGAUUUGCUCUUCGAUGACCCUCCCGCGAAGGUGAAUGACUCGAGCCAGAGUCAAAGUGUCGAGAGAACGCGACGACAAAGGAAAUUGGCCAACCUCGCCUUUUCCACCAACAUCCAUGCGGGCGUUGUUUCCGCAGAUCUAGUCUUCCUCUGUGUAGAGUGUUAUCCAGACGCAUCGGCGGAGACCAGAGAAGGAAUCAACCUAGCGCCGCUUGAGGCUGCAAUCCAAGCGAUCGCCCAAGUAUCGACCGGGCACAAGAUCAUCGUGCAGAGAAGCACAGCGCCGUGUGGCAUCGUCCAGCGCAUCAAAAAAGCCCUCCGCAAAACCGCAUCCCCCACCGCCACCUUCGACGUCCUCUCGAACCCCGACUUCCUGAUCCCCGGCACGGCCAUCCGCGACCUGCUCUACCCGCCGCGCGUGCUGAUCGGCCACAUCUUCUCCGAGGACAUGUCCGUCGAAGCCAUCACCGCGCUCAAGCGCCUCUACCUGCCCUGGGUCCCCGAAGAGCGCCUGAUCACGAUGGACGCCUGGUCCUCGGAGCUGGGCAAGAUCGCGGCCCACGCCUGCCUCGCGCAGCAGAUCAGCAACGUCCAGUCGCUGAGCGCGAUCUGCGAGUCCACCAACGCCAACAUCGCCCACAUCACCCAGACACUGGGGCUGCCACCGCAGGUGGGGCUGGAGCUCGGGGGCGGCGGUGCUGCCAACUCCCACUCCCACACGGAGAUCCGGUGUUUGAUCUAUCUCGCGCGCGAGCUGGGCCUGCACCCUGUUGCCGAGUAUUGGCGGGCGGUGCUCCAGAUGAACGAGUUCUAUCGCAGCCGCACCGCGAAGCGGGUCACGGAGCGGUUCACGGGCGAGCUGAAAGACCACCGGGUCGCGAUCUUGGGUUUCGCGGGGCGCAAGGAUUGCACGGUUCGGGAUCUGGCGUCUACGGCAGUCGGGUUGGCGCGCGACUUGGUGGGCAUCGGGGUGCAGGUGACGGUAUACGAUCCUCGGGUCCCCGGUGAUCAGCUGCGAAGUACGCUGCGGCUCGCGGAUGCAUCCCUUGAAGCGGUCACGGUAGUUGACUCGGUGGAUGCGGCGUGCCAGGGCUGCAGUGCGCUAAUACUGCUGACGGAGUAUGACGAAUUCAGCCACGAGCAGGUGCGGUGGCAGGGCGUUGCUGGGCAGAUGCAGGGUCCGAAGGUGUUUCUGGAUCUCUGUGGAGUGCUUGAUCGGUUCAAGAUGCAGCAAUGGGGGUUUGAUAUGCUCCAGCUCGGGGUGAGGCAGAAAGACGCUCAUUGA